AUGCCCAAGUUCAUGAUCGGUCUUGUUGCUUUGGUGACGGAUGUUGAUGGAGAUGGAAACUGCGGCUUCCAAACUAUAGCUGCAUCAGUUGGAAAAGAAGACGUUCUAAGAACAGCAAUUUCUGUUGGUGUUGAAGUCAAUGAUAACAACAAAACACACUACCUUUCGUACAUUUUUGCUGAUUGUAUCAUGGAGUAUGAAGAAUUAUUAAAAAGUAUUAACCUAUCGUAUAGAGGUGGUUGUGAAAUCAACAAUUGGAUGAUCAUGAACUCCACAGAAUCGCUCUAUACAAAACAUUACACUCUCAAGAAACAACAAACUCCACUUUGA